AUGAGGCGAUACAACAAUCCUAAACGGCAGAAACAACCGGAACUUCCCGCGGGAUAUGUGAAGAUCCAAGAUAUUCUCGACGAAUCUAUUCCUGUGGGGAGAUUGAUCAAUGUCAUUGGAUUGGUGAAAGACCGUAGGUCUCCUAGACAGACGGGUGGUUCUGACUGGAAAUCCGCCAUUACCAUUUAUGACAAAUCUAUUGAAAAUGAACCUGAGAGAGGGCUUCCUAUCAAUAUAUUCAGGCCACGAGCUGAAAUUCCCGAACCGGAUGCUACUGACGUCGUGGUGGUAAUUUCUGCAAAAGUUCAGGCUUACCGUGGCGAGGUGUCCUUAAUAUCGCACCGAUCGACUCUGAUUCAUGUCUAUUCAGCAAAUCAAAUUCCAAAGCCCCCUAAAUCGGCAAAGCAGGCUCUAGAAGCCCCUCUGCGGCCAAAAGACCGUCCUCCUGGGGAUCCUGAACAUGAGUAUGUCGCCUGGUUAUAUCAUUCCGUUUCCAAAGAUGCUAUACCCGAUACCGCAGAAUUCAGUAGCCAAGUUGCUCAUUCAGCAAACUUCAAAGAUAAGUUUCAAACUUUAAACGACAUCCACGAUGGUCAAUUCUACGAUGUCAUCGUCAAUGUUGUCAGAGAGCCUUAUGACCAGAUGGGUAUGACUACUCUCUGGGUCUCAGAUUACACCGAGAACGAAGCUUUCUAUAAAUUUACCUGGAAUGCCGAAGGCACAUCCGAGAGCCGAGAUGGAGACCCUUAUGGUUAUACUACAAGUAACAUAGUCCCUAAAAACUGGGGCGGUCCGUAUGGGAAACGUUCAAUGCAAGUGACAUGCUUUGGGAUAGACGCAGAUUUCAUCCUGAAAGAAGUCAAAGCCGGAGACUGGGUCUCUCUACGAAAUCUACAUGCCAAGUACGGACGCAAUCUCAACAACCUAGAAGGGUUUCUGCGGGAAGACCGCACUCCCUUCUACUCGGGACUUAAAGUCGAUAUUCUCCAAACCGAUGAUCCAGAGAAUAUCGACGGACGUCUAAAAGAAGCUAUUCGACGUAAAAGGGAUUAUGAGAAACUGAAGAAACAACAACAGAAGAAUUUUGCUGUAAACGAGGAUCUUGCCAAGAUAAAGGCAGGAGAUCUGGUAGAAGGAUUACUGUCAUCGAAGAAGCGACGCGCCGUAGAGCGAGCUCAAAAAAUAAAGGAGAUUGACGAUAAAGAGCGAGAAAGGGAGGCAAGGCUUGGCCUCAAUGAACGGAUCAAAUGCGAAAAUAUCGAACAGCCGGUUUUCGCCGUCCCGUCUAUAGUUGAACCGAUUCCAUACAAGACAACAAUAGAUGGCCAGGAAGUCAUCUUAAAUCUUCCUUUUACUUGUGCAAAGUACCGAACCAACGUUCGAGUCGUGGAUUUCCGACCUUCCAGAUUAGCAGAUUUUGCAAUCUGGCGCAAGAACCUCGAGUAUGAUAUGUUAUCAGAUCAUAGUGGUGAUUCCAACUCUGAAUCGGAUGAGGACGGCACGUUAAACAAAUACACAGGGAGGAAGAUAUGGGAAUGGAAAUUCGCUCUGUUAUUGGAAGACGCUGAUCCCAAGCAUAAGGGGGAGAAUAAUAGGUUCUGGGCCGUAGUCGACAAUACCGAGGCACAAUUAUUACUAAACCUCGACGCGACAGACCUCAGAGCAGACCCUGACGAGCUUGAUAAGCUACGAGAACAGCUCUUCCAGCUCUGGGGCAACCUAGAAGAAUGCAAGCAACAGGAGCUGCAACGCCAAGCCACAGAGAAGAAGCGAGUAGCAACGCAUCAACCACCCCCCACCUCGCCUCUCCGACCGUUAAGUAGUCAUCAAGUAGAGACGACCACCGACGCCGAGACCACUCUUUCGAACAAGCCAUUUUCGUGUUGUAUCCGCCAGUACGGUAUAACAGUCCGUGAGGAGGAUCCCCGAAAGGCAGACGCCGGCGACGGAAAGCGCUGGCAAAGGAUGUUCGCCCUAUUUGGUACGAAGAUUAGCCCCUGACUGAGGAUGGAAAACGCAUGAGGGUUUAACAUAUUCACACUUCGAUUCGAAGCUAUCCCACAAGCCCCGAGAUCAUCUACGAGUAGAAUAGCUUCAUCAGAAGUAACUUCCAAGGCAAUUGUUUUGGUGCAUACAUAGCUGGAUAUGGAGUUUAUACCCAAGGGACUAAACAUAGCACAUCAC